ACCUCAUGUAGCUGUCGUCAGGGCCUGUUAAAGACUGAUGGUCUGACUGACUGACUGACUGACUGACUGUCUACUGGUCUUUCUGCCUGUGUAUAUGAGCAGGUAAACGUCUUCCCUUCUCUGCGUUCAUCCUCAGAAACUCUCCUCUCAGAGCGUUUGGAUAAAGGACUGAGGAGAGAUGGGACCUCGUACAGCAGUCACUCCCUCUAAGGAGGUGAAGGCGGUCGCAGGGGGAGGAUGUGGAGGUCACGCAAGAGCCCGGCUGAGGAGCAGCAGUGAUGGAAGCAGAUACAGCAGGCGAGAGGUCGGCCUCCCCAACAACUCCUCCUCCUCUUCAUCCUCCUCCCCAAUGCUCUCCAACCCCAAAUCAGUUCUGAAGAGACCGGUGAGCACUGAGGAGCUGCAAAAACCAGGAGGACCCUACAUCAAGAAAACUUUCACAAUCGUGGGCGAUGCUGUGGGUUGGGGGUUUGUGGUGAGGGGGAACAGGCCGUGUCACAUCCAGGCUGUGGAGCCCUGCGGUCCAGCUGCUGCUGCAGGGAUGAAGGUUUGUCAGUUCGUGGUGUCCGUCAACGGCCUCAACGUUCUCGACCUGGACUACCGGACCGUCAGCCACCUGAUCCUAACAGGACCCAGAACCGUGGUGAUGGAGGUGAUGGAGGAGACCGACCACUGAAGAAUGAGAUGAACACUGAUGAAUGGACAGUACAGUACAGAAGCUGAGAACACUGUGCACGGUGUUCUUGCUUUAAUGAAAAAGUUACUACAGUUACGUGUGUCCUCUCUGAGGUUUUCUUCAAAAGACUGAGAAAACACAGUGAUGAGACAGGAGAGAACCUUGGUAGGAACCAUAUGGGGGAACAUUCUGUUUGUAAAGUUUUGUUGAACUGAUGGAGGGCUCUUAUUUUCAGGUUGGUUGACUGAAGCUAUAACUUGAAGGUCAACACUCGAAUCUUUAGAGUUGGAGACGACUCUCAGAAAUGGACAGAAAUAGAAUCUGUCAAUACCAGGCAACAGAUGAUUGCAUUGUUUGCGCACAUGAAAUAGCUCCUUAACUAAGAGGCAGACAAAUUGAUUUCUUGAAGCAGACUUGGGCUGCUUUAUCAACGCAGUGUGGCCUUUUGGGCCUCGAACACAUCGUGGUAGUUUGGGAGCAGAGCAAUGCCUGAACCAAGGAGCAAGCUAAAUGUUGGAGCCGAUGCUAAGCUAAACACUGGGCGAAUAAAGAAGCUGCAUUAAGAAGCUUUUCAGCUUUAUACACCACAACACAUCAGCAUUAGUUAUCUUUCUCUAAUGACAGAUGACGAAAUAAGUCAGAUGUUUUUGCAUCCAUUUAAAUCUUUUUCUUUUUUUUUAAUUGAUGCAUAAUAUAAAAAAUGGCAUCAUGUGACUUACAGUUUUGACGACGAGCAGUAUUACCACUUUGCACUCUGCUGUUCCUGGUGAUGUGAUGUAGAAGUGUCCCUCUAAAUGCUGUGACAUCAGACGAUGAGUGCCCCCCAAAAUUCUCACUUCCUCAUCACAAGGUGCUCUUAUUAGUUCAUUUUACCUCUUCGAACUAGUCUCUUGAAGAGAUGUGUGUAUGAGGGCGGUGUUGGCUUAAUUGACAGGUAUGUCACAUGGUUGCAGCUUCCUCAUCCCACCUGUCAGGACGAUCAGUGAUAUCGUUUCUGUUAAUGAUGUUUCAAUUUCUUAAAGAGACAUUAGAACUCCCCAGUUCUUUUAUUUAUUCCAAACAAGCUUUAAUUUGAACUUCUUUGAACCUCUUCACACUAAAUGAUGACAGACAGAGGAAAGAUAAUGGUAGAAUUUUAUAUUUAUAAGAAAGUGCUUAUUUUAACGUGUCUUGCGAUACACCUGCGUCGUGCUGUCGUGACCCUUGACGGGAUCAUGUUGUUGACAUCGCUCCAACAGCUGGUGUUUCCUUCAGUGCAGUGGUUUGGACUUUUAACCCCACAUGCCAACUCUCGGCCUCCUCCACACACAAACACAUUACCUGAAGCAUUUACACACACACACGCACACACACACACACACACAUGCGCACACACAAGUUCGCACACACAUACACUCACACGUGCCUUGGCCGUGUUUACUUUUCCAUCCACUCCCCGCGACGUCUAAUUCCCAGAAAGGAAGAGAGGAGUGUGAAGAAGUGCGAGUUGGAUCAGCAGCUUAGCGGGGGAAACAGACUGUAACUGAAGUGUUUUGUUUUCUCUUACUCCUUUAUUUUUUUUAUACCUUUGUACUGUAUCUGUUUUUACCAUGUGCCCGUUUGUGUGUGUGUUUUUUUUUUUUUUUCAUUCGUUGGUGCCGUGUGUGUUUCAGUGGUGAUGAAAUAUCUCCCAGCAGGCAGCGUUUUGCUCUCUGCAGGGGGAUUCUGGAGACCCAGGGAGUCUCUUGGCUCCUGUUGCAUCUUUAUUGUUUUAAAAUGAGGAUUUUAUGAAGAAGCCAAAUAUCCUUUUUUAGAAUUACUCUCACUUUCCUUGAAGUACACUAGAGAACUAGAGGCAGAGAAGAAGCCUGUUAGAUUCUUAUCAAGAUUAAAAUACUUUCAUUUCAGUUUUAAUAUAUUCCUCUUUUGUAUGAUGUUUGCUUUCUCUCUUUUAUGUCUUUAACUGUGAUUGUUUGAAUUUCAGUUUGACUGUGAAACUACUUAAAGCUGCAUUUCUCAUGUGACAAAUGAAAUAUAAAUAAAUGACGAAUUACUGACAAACGUUC